AUGGUUUCGCUUAAGCUCCAGAAGCGGCUCGCCGCAUCGGUGAUGAAGUGCGGGAAGGGCAAAGUAUGGCUCGACCCGAACGAAAGCUCCGACAUCUCCAUGGCCAAUUCCCGCCAAAACAUCAGGAAGCUUGUGAAGGAUGGUUUCAUCAUCAGGAAACCAACCAAGAUCCACUCACGUUCCCGAGCUCGCCAAUUGAACAUUGCCAAGAGGAAGGGUCGUCACUCUGGUUAUGGUAAGAGGAAGGGUACCCGUGAAGCAAGGUUGCCAACAAAGGUACUGUGGAUGCGUAGGCUUCGUGUUCUGAGGCGUCUCUUGAAGAAGUACAGAGAGACGAAGAAGAUUGACAGGCACAUGUACCAUGAAAUGUACCUGAAGGUCAAGGGUAACGUCUACAAGAACAAGCGUGUCUUGAUGGAGAGCAUCCACAAGUCCAAGACUGAGAAGGCCAGAGAGAAGACCUUGUCUGACCAGUUCGAGGCUAAGAGGGCUAAGAACAAGGCUAGCCGUGAAAGGAAACAUGCUAGGAGAGAAGAGCGUCUUGCUAAGGGUCCUGGAGGAGAUGUUGCGCCUGUAGCUGCACCACCAGCUGCUGCUUCUACUCCUGCUGCUGCUACUAUUGAAAAACCUGCAGAGGCUCCGAAGAAGAAGUCCAAGGCAAAGAAGUGA